AAAAUUAAAGAAGACACGAGCAAAAGCUUGAACGCAGGUCACCUAAAACAGGUAGGCUGAAACCUGUGUUAAGCCCUUCUUCCCCGCAGCGCCACUCUGUGUAACCAUGAGUUCUUCAUAUCCUCCAUUGAAGCCCUCUCAACUUGUUCAAACAAUCACCACUCUCCUCUCUUCCUCCCCCAAAUCUCUACCCAAAUGCUCUCUUCAAUCCUACCUCCCUCACCUCACUCCUCCCAUUAUUCACUCCAUUCUCUCCUCUCCCCCUCUCUCUUCUCGCCCUUCCACUCUCUUCUCCUUCUUCCAAUGGUCUCAAUCCCACAUACCCUCUUUCUCCACCCACCCACUCCCUUUCCCUUCUCUUCUCCCUAUCUUAUCCUCCCUAUUGUCCCAUCGCAGAUUCACCGUUGCAAGAUCCCUUCUCCUCACGUUUAUCCCUUCUGAUCACCCUCAACAUCUUCUCCAUCGUCAUCUCCUUCACCCCAUUUCUAAUUUCCCUCAACCCUCAACCGAAUUGUUGGAUACUGCUAUAGGUGCUUACUGCCAAUGUGGAAAACCCCAUCUCGCACUUCAGAUUUUCAAGAAGAUGAAGCGCCUUCGACUUUGCCCUAACAUCAUUACUUUCAAUACUUUGAUUACUGCUUUGGUUAGGUACCCUUCCACUCACUCUCUGUUUUUAUGUAAUGAGCUGUUUAAUGACGCACUUAAGCUUGGUUUGGUGCCAACUACAAUUACUAUCAAUAUUUUGAUUAAAGUGUAUUGUUUAGCUUACAAGUAUAAGGAUGCUAAUCAAUUGCUGGAUAGAAUGAGUGAGUUUGGAUGUGUGCCCGAUAAUGUGAGUUAUAAUACUAUAUUGGAUGGGUUGUGUGAGAAAGGUAGGUUGAACGAGGUUAGGGAUUUGUUGUUGGAUAUGAAGGGUAAAGGUCUUGUGCCGAAUAGGAAUACAUAUAAUAUCUUGAUACAUGGUUAUUGUAAAAUUGGGUGGUUGAAGGAUGCUGCUCAGAUUGUCGAGCUGAUGACGCAGAACAAUACUUUGCCUGAUGUUUGGACUUAUAAUAUGUUGAUUGGGGGUCUGUGUAAUGAAGGAAGGAUUGAUGAUGCAAUUAGGAUUCGGGAUGAGAUGGUAGGAUUGAAAUUGUUGCCUGAUGUGAAAACUUACAACACCCUCAUCAAUGGGUGUCUUGAUAAUAAGAGAAGCUCAGAGGCCUUUGAUCUGCUUGAAGAGAUGAAUCAGAAGGGGAUCAAAUGUAAUGAAAUUACGUAUAAUACAUUGAUUAAAGGGUAUUGCAAGGAAGGGAAGAUGGAUAAAGCUAGAGAGGUACUUCAAAAGAUGGAAGAAGAUGGUUUAUGUCCAGAUUGUGUUUCCUAUAAUACUCUCAUAAGUGCAUAUUGUAAAGCAGGAAAUCUACCAGAAGUAUUGAGGAUAAUGAAACAAAUAGGUGAAAAAGGUUUGAAAAUGGAUAAUUUCUCUCUCAAUACAUUGCUUCACAUUCUUUGUCAAGAAAGGAAGCUUGAUGAGGCCUACGAGUUGCUCUCUGUUGCUUCUACCAGGGGUUAUCUUGUUGAUGCAGUAAGUUAUGGCACUCUUAUUGCUGGCUACUUUAGAUGUGCAGAUACAGAAAAAGCUCUUAAGCUUUGGGAUGAGAUGGAAGAGAGAGAGGUAAUUCCCACUAUUGUCACCUACAACAUCAUAAUUGGAGGGCUAUGUAAAUCAGGUAAAACUCAGCUGGCAAUUGCUAAACUGAAUGAACUUUUGGAGAAGGGUAUAGUUCCUGACGAAAUAACAUAUAAUACUAUUAUUCAUGGAUACUGCUGGGAGGGGAACAUUGAGAAAGCAUUUCAAUUUCAUAACAAAAUGGUUGAAAAUUCUUUUAAGCCUGAUGUAUAUACGUGCAACAUUCUUCUUAGGGGACUAAGUAGGGAAGGCAUGCUUGAAAAAGCUAUUAAGCUCUUUAAUACGUGGAUAGAUAAAGGGAAGACCACUGAUGUAGUAACUUAUAACACCUUGAUAACAGCUCUUUGUAAAGAUCAAAGACUUGAUGAUGCUCUGGGCCUUGUUGCUGAAAUGGAAGAGAAAAAUAUCCAGCGUGAUAAGUACACACAUAAUGCUAUUGUUGGUGCACUUACUGAUGCUGGAAGGCUUAAAGAGGCAGAAGAAUUUAUGAUAGACAGAGAAAGGCCAUCUGAACAGCGGUUGCAAAUGGAUGACAGGGAACAUGAACUCAGAGUUGAUGAACUAGAAUCAAGUUCAAUCGCUUAUUCACAGCAGAUUGAUGAGCUUUGUGCGGAAGGAAGAUACAAGGAUGCAAUGCUUAUAUAUGCACAAGUCACUCAGAGAGGUAUUGAUCUACAAAAGUCCACUUAUUUUACUCUGAUAAAAGGACUCAUCAAGAGGAGAAAAAGUAUAUCGAAGACAGGUUGAUAGUGACCCCGAAAGUUUGGCUCUGGCUGAGUAUGAUGACUUCAGUUUCUAUGCCCAGUAUGCAACACUGCAAGGAUCCAAGGCAAAAGGUGGUUUAGCUGAACUUCUAUUAUCAUCUGGACCUAAUGCGGUGUACUAUAAUGUACUUCUUCUAUGAUGUGCUGGAGUGUUGGGAGAAAAUGCGAAUCAGUGAGGUCAGUAUGAAAGAUAGUAAAUCUAGAUGAUCACAUUGCAUUGGUGUGUGCUGGGCUGAAAGCAGAUGCACUAGUGCUUGUGAAUAAGACACGCAUUGAGUGUCAGAGUCAUAGGCAUACGGUUGAAGAUCCUGUUACCGUUGAGUACAUAACUCGUUACAUUGCUGGUCUUCAGCAAAAGAACACUCAAAGUGGUGGGGUGAGGCCAUUUGGUCUAUCCACCUUGAUCAUUGGUUUUGACCCACACACAGGUGUACCCUCACUUUACAAAACAGAUCCAUCGGGUACAUUCUCAGCCCCCAAAGCCAAUGCGGCUGGUAGAAACUCUUAACUCUACUCGGGAGUUCUUGGAGAAGAAUUACAAUGAAACAUCUGGAAAGUGUGAAACUAGCCAUACAUGCUUUGCUUGAAGCGCAUUUACAAGGUAAUAUAUGUGACGUUACAAGGGAGGAAUUGAAGUUUUUUUUCCCUAGGAAAGUUGUUAAAACAUAUUGAGAAGUGAGGAUGAAAAGGAGUAGCUGCAUUUUCUGCCCUGGAAAUGAGUGCUCCAAAUGUUUGUUCUGCUAAAAAAAAAGUGCUGUAGGAGAAUGGAUUAGUCGAGUGCGUGUAAAUUGGCAUAGAUACCACAGUUAUUUAGGAGUGGCCAAUUGAAUACCGCAGACAUUUGAAGAAUUUCUUCCUAUGAUUUCCACAUAUGUCAAAACCCCUCUUUCCAUGGCAAACUUGGGCUUUCUUAAACGCCUCAAGAACUUAUGAAUUAUGACUUGCUCAUUCACGGGAAGUAAUUACCUCUUCGUUGUAAGAGGUGACCUGACUUGUAUUUUAGAUCAUUUAUUUCUGACGUACAUAUGCACUCACACAUGCUAAGUUAUCAACUAUGAUUUAAAAGCUGCUCUUUAUGAUUCAAGUUGUUGACUUAAUUAUAUUGUUUAAGCAGACUGAAAUACAUGACUGCUUCCGUUAGAGAUUUCUGUGUUGGUUUUUAGGGAACAAAUGCACUCAUCCAACUAGACCUUUAGCAAAAAUGGAAAGAGCAUAGUUGGAUGUGAGCAUUUGUUUUGGCUGUAGUGAUUUUUAAGCACGUGUUUCCCUACGAAUCAGGUUGUUGAAAGUUUUGGAGAAAACAUAGAUGUUGCUGUAAUGACAAAAGAGCAUGGGCUUUAGGAACCUCGAGGAUGCUGAAAUAGAUGCCAUUGUUGCUGAGAUCAAAGCAGAGAAAGCAGCCAAAAAGGCCCCGCCGAAAGAAACCUAGUUCUGCUGAAAUUCAUUCUUAACUAUCCCUAAAUACUUUCUUUGUUGGAUCAAGUUAAGUGCAGCGUUCCUUGAAUUUUAUGAGACGAAAGAAGUCAUGCUCCCGUGAUCUCUUUGCUAUUUGUGUGUUGCUUGAUACUUUAAAGUUUUAUCUUGUUAUUUUGUAGUUUGUGUAUUUUGGAAAUUUGGUUGUGAAAUAUCAGCAUUUGUUUGUGCUCUUUCCUGGAUUCUGAAAGUUUCUUGUGGAUAAAUUGGUGGAACACAGGAGCAGAGAAGGCUUGUUUUUCAAUGGUUUACCAUUGGUUUUGACCCACGGCCUAACUGCACAGUCGGUGCAGCACAGAUAGUCGAUUCUGGGGGUGUGAAAUUGUGCAAGUUAAAAGGGUUGUGUAUGUAUGUGGCUAAAUAGUUCAGAGGGUGAGUCGUCAUAUUGUGCUUAUAAAAUUAUCUGUAGAAUACUUCUUAUAAAAUACAUUCCUGAUUUGAUUGUAGAAACCUAUUAUAUUUAGUAUCUUUUUUGGAAAAA